AUGUCUUUAAAAAAUAUUGGAGAAAAAAUAUAUCAUAUAAACAAAAUGGAAACAAAGAUUUACCUAGAUUACAAUGCCACGACUCCUCUUGACAAAAAUGUAAGGGAGACAAUCAAUGAUGCCUUGGAACAUUGCUGGGGCAAUCCCAGUAGUUCCCAUAACACUGGGAAGUCAGCCAAGCGUGUUAUUGACGAAGCCAGGCGUAAUGUGGCCACCAUGAUUGGUGGAAGCUCGUCUGAUGUCAUCUUUACUUCUGGAGGUACUGAGGCCAAUAACAUGAUUAUCCUGUCUGCUGUCCAUCAUUUUAGGAAGUUAUAUGGUUUGACAAAUUCAAAUGGUCUACCAUCAGAAAAAGCUAAAACGCACAAUAGUUUAGCAAGUGAUCUAUCAAGACUUGAUAAAAGCCCAAAGAAAAGGAAAUUGUCUGAUGGUGAUGGUGAUGAAAUUCAGCAUGGAGUUUUCUAUGGCGACGGUGAUCAUAAAAUUAGGAGACUGCCACAUAUUAUUUCAUCCUAUUUAGAGCAUCCAGCUGUAAAUGUUUUCUUGGAGCAUUUGAAAAGCACAGGACAAGCUGAUGUAACAUAUGCUGAAAUAUCUCAAACAACAGGUCGGGUUGAGGUGGAAGGCAUAACGAAAGCUAUCAGACCCAAUACCAUCCUUGUGACUGUCAUGCUUGCUAAUAAUGAAACAGGUAUCAUACAGCCUGUAAGAGAGAUUUGUGAGGCCAUUAGAAAUCUGGACAGGUCAGAACUUGAGACUGAGCAAAUUUAUGUUCAUACAGAUGCUGCUCAGGCUAUUGGUAAAAUAUCUGUAGACGUUCAAAGUCUAGGGGUAGAUUACUUGACUAUUGUUGGACACAAGUUUUAUGGGCCUCGAAUAGGAGCUGUGUAUACCAGGGGCUUAGCAAAGAGCGAGACCCCUUUGUUUCCAGUGUUUUAUGGAGGUGGGCAGGAAAAGGGUCUCAGAGCGGGAACAGAGAACACUGGCAUGAUAGCUGGGUUAGGGAAAGCCAGUGAAAUAGUGAACGCAAACUUGACAGAGUUUCAGACCCAUAUGAAAAUGUGUAGAGACUAUUUGGAAUCACGAUUGACUGAACAUUUCAAGGAAAGGGUCCAUUUUAAUGGGAAAUUUCCAGGCAUAGAAAGCCUUCCUAAUACAUGCAAUGUUUCCAUACUGGGUAAAAACUUGCAAGGUCACCGUGUACUGGAAAAGUGUAAAACGAUAGAGGCAAGCGUAGGGGCAGCCUGUCAUGCACAGAAUAAACCCUCCGCCAUUCUGUUGGCUGUUGGGAUACCUGAAGAUAUCGCACGUAACGCUCUACGUCUGUCACUAGGCAGGGAGACCACUCUGGCAGAUGUGGACCUUGUGGUGGAAGAUUUGGUGCAGGCUGUGCAAGAGCUAGAUGCCGAGUAAAGAUGAGACGUCUGUGCUUCAGAAUUCCUUGUUGUUUGAAAUUUAAAUUGUGUACCAUGAAUGAUUCUUACUGUUGGUUUCGCAUUAGUCUUCACUAUAAUGUAUUAAUAUUUGAUCUGGACAUUGUUAAUAAUUUUAAUUAUGUACUCAAAUUGCAUUAUAUAGCAGAGGCAAUUCUUACAAUUAUUUAAUGGCAUAAUUUUAUUGUUAUUUAUUAAAGCUUGAAUUGUU